UCAGAAAGUGAUUAUUAUCUGUGCAAGUCUUCCACAUUUGUCAUUAUUGUAUCUCCACCCUUAUAUUAAUUUCAUGCAGCAUCUUAAUUACCUCGUACUUAGGUUCUCUUCCUUAUUUCCCACCACACAGAGCCAUGGUCCAAGCAAAGAAGAAGUUCAGAGGAGUGAGGCAACGCCAAUGGGGCUCAUGGGUCUCAGAAAUUCGUCACCCUUUGCUGAAGAGAAGGGUGUGGCUAGGGACAUUUGAGACAGCAGAGGCUGCAGCAAGGGCAUAUGAUCAAGCAGCAAUUUUGAUGAAUGGUCGAAAUGCCAAGACAAAUUUCCCUACACCAGGAGAAUUCAAUGAGGCUGAAGGUGGCAGCAGUUUUUCAUCUCCGAAUGUUCUAGCUGAGGUUCUGAGUACAAAGCUCAAGAGGUGCUGCAGAGACCCUUCUCCAUCCCUCACAUGUCUCAGACUCGAUGCUGACAAUUCCCACAUUGGAGUCUGGCAAAAGGGUGCAGGACCACACUCACAUUCGAAUUGGAUUGUCAGGGUAGAGCUUGGAAACAAACGUCCAGAGACUCAGUCAAUUCUGUCAGAAGCAUCUACACAAAAUGAUGGUCAAGAAGACGAAGAACAUAGAAUUGCGAUGCAGAUGAUUGAUGAGCUUCUUAAUUGGAACUAUCCAUGUGCUGCUUCAACUAAUUAAUUCACCUUAGGGUUUGAAAAAAUCAAAACAAAAUGGUGCUCGUAUAUAUAUAGAUUAUGAUAAUUAUACAAUAUUUUAACACUACUACGUGUUAUUAUAUGAUUGAUCCAUCUUAGUCUUUAUGAUUAUU